AACAGUUUUGGAAUCAUGUACAUCGUAACGAUCAUUGUAAUAAUAAGUUCAUGCAAACGGCUUGUGCUAAUCCGUGUAUAGAAUUGUCCUGUGUUUGCCAAGGCACAGAAGUGAAAUGUAACCAGAAAAAAUUAGUGAAUAUACCUGAUGGUAUACCUACUACUACAAAAACAUUAGAUGUGCAACAAAACAAAAUUUCAACUAUAGCAGAAGAUACGUUUAGUAAACUUACGUCAUUGGAAAUGCUACAUUUAGGAUUUAACCAAAUUUCAACUUGUACAGCAGAUAUGUUUAAUGGUCUUGUAUCAUUAAAAGUCCUGGUUCUAAGCUAUAACCAAAUCUCAAUAAUCGCAGCAGAUACGUUUAAGGACCUUCUGUCACUGACAACCCUAGUAUUAGAUAAUAAUAAAAUUUCAACUAUAGCAUCAGAUAUGUUUAAGGAUAUUAUGUCAUUGGAUGUCUUAGGUCUAAGCAAUAACCAAAUUUCAAUAAUCACAGCAGAUACGUUUAAGGGUCUUAUGUCACUGGGAACCCUCAUUUUAUCAAGAAACCAAAUAUCAACUAUAGCAAAAAAUGCGUUUAAGGAUCUUAUAUCAUUAAAAUAUUUAUAUUUAGAUUACAACGAAAUUUCAACUAUUGCAAGAGAUACGUUUAAGGGUCUUGUGUCAUUAACUUACAUAACUUUAACUGGCAACGACUUUACAUCAAUAUCACCCAAUAUAUUUAGAAAAAUUACAAAUAUAACCAGACUCUAUCUUGGCUACAACUCAAUAUGUUGCAAUAUGACCGAUUUGUUCAAAUGGAAAGCUUCUCAAACUGAACUCAAUGAAUUUGUAGGAAAUUGCCUUGACUUUGAUGCACUCACGGAAAUCUCUGACUUUAACAUAUCAAACUGUACAAUUCAGGUGGAUGGUCAGUGGGGCUCUUGGUCAACAACAUUAUGUUCCGUGACAUGCGGAAGUGGCACAAAAUAUAGGAAUCGAAUUUGCAAUAACCCUUUGCCUUCUGACGAGGGAAAAUAUUGUGUUGGUAAUGACACCGAGAUAUCACAGUGUAACCUAGGAGAUUGUUCAGUGGAUGGUCAGUGGGGCUCUUGGUCAACAACAUUAUGUUCCGUGACAUGCGGAAGUGGCACAGAAUAUAGGAAUCGAAUUUGCAAUAACCCCUCGCCUUCUGACGAGGGAAAAUAUUGUGUUGGUAAUGACACCGAGAUAUCACAGUGUAACCUAGGAGAUUGUUCAGUACUCUGCAAACAUGGAAAAAGAACACACAAGAAAUCAGAUAAGAGAUUGCAGAAGACAAGGACAUGGUUAGGAAUCUUCAUCAGUGAUCUUGAUUUGACGCAUACACAUAAAUAAAAGGAAUAAAAAAGAAGAGGGAUCAUGGACGUCAUGUUUUAACAUGAUGGUGUAUGAAUGAAUGCAGACUUUGGUUUUCUUUUCUUUGAAAUAUUACUUUGAAGGAUAAUCGGUUUAAAUUAUUCUGGUUUUACUUAUUACAUUUAUCUACUAUGUUACUUUAACAAUGGGAAAAAGUUAGGUUAAACAAGUUCAUUGGUAGCUUUCAAAUACAAAAUCUAAUUUCAUUUAGAUAUAAUCGUUGCUAACAUUCACAUUAUCAUUUUGUUUGAUUUUAUUUGAUGUUGCAUUGUGGGGAUAUACGUAGGUCCAUGUUGGCAUUUAUUUCCGUUGGAUUUUUUUUGUAUUUGUUAUAAAAGAUGAAAAUAAUGAAUUUUAUGUUUGUUUUUUGUUUUGUUUUGUUUGGUUUUUUUUUAUUAUUAAUUCAUAUCAUACAUUCAUUUAACUUACCCUCGUUCUUGACAUUUAUAUUAUCAUGUUGUUUAAUUUUAUUUGAUGUUACAUUGAGGGGAUUUACAUGGGUACAUGUUGGCAUUAAUUUCCGUGGGAGUGAUUUUUGUUGGUUUUUGGAAUAAAAUAUGGGAUGAAUGUUA